AUGGACGUAGCAACGAGCCACAAAUCCAAACCCCGGGCAACGGCCUCAUGUCACCCAUGUCGAACUCGCAAAGUGAAGUGUAAUCGCCUCUCUCCGUGUGAAGCCUGCAUCACACGAGGGAUCCAAGAGGAAUGCAAGUAUAGUGCUCCGAAUGAAGAUCGACAGGCGAUCGCGCAGGCAGAAAUGAUCACCGAGCUCAGGGGCAAGGUGAACCAAAUACGGGAACAAAUAGCGCAGCGUUUGGCAUAUCGGUCAUCAUUCGAUGAUCUCGAAGAGGAGGAAGAGGAGGAGGCCGCUGCUAUGGAGAUUGUGUACUCGGCUCUGAGGUUAGGAACGGAGGAUCUGGUUUGGCACAUCGUGGGGAGGAUUCGGAAUGGUGAGGAUUUAAGAGAUUUAGCGAGGGAUGUGGCGCGGGAUAUAGGAAUUGAGGAUGACUUUUCUGUAUGA